AAAUUGUAACUGUGCUUCAAGAACAACUUGAAACACUCAAAUUGGACAUUCAUCAUAAAUAUGAACUUAUUGAGAUACUUAAACGUGAUCUUGCGGAUAAGGCAAAUCUUCAGCAAAGAUUAAAAGAAAAAGAAGCUGAAGCAUUAGAGAAAUUAGAAAAUGGUGAAGAUGUAAAUAAAGUUCUUCAAAAUGAAUUAGAAACUUUAAGAAAAGAACUCAAGGAUGUUCGAGCUAGAGAAGCUGUUACACAUGAUAGACUUCAUGUUCUCAAAGCAAGAUUAGGAUCUGAUCAAGAAGAAACUCAUUUACAAGAACAAUUAGAACAUUUACGAGUUGUUGAAAUUGCUCAAAGAGAAAGAAUUGCAAUUUUGGAAGGAAGACUUUCUGAACAAGGUGGACAAAUUGAUGAAGAUUUUAUUAAAUUAAAAACUGAAUUGGCACUUGCACGUGAAUCGGAAUCUGCACAAAAACGUACGAUCGAAAACUUGGAGAUUAAACUCAAAAAAGCUGAAGAAAGAUCCCAAUUAACAACUCUUAGACGUGAGAUUACUGGAUUAAAAGCUAAGGAAGCCGAACAAAUUAAGAAAAUAAAAGACUUGGAAGGUCAAUUAAAUGAUUCAGUCAAUAAAGAUUCAAAUCAAGUUAAAUUAUUAAAAGAUGAAAUUGAAACUUUAUGUGGAAAAGAACAAGAACAAC